AUGUCGACCGGACGCAAGGUCUUCCGCUGUGCCGUGGACGAGACGGCCCUCUCCACCAAUAUUAGCGAAAUCAAAAAAUGGACUACUAAUGGGGCUAUCGAUCUCGUAGUUCCUCUCUACACACUUGAACGACUCCAUGCGCUGAAGCGAGCAGGGUCGCAGAUCGCCAUCAAUGCGCGCGAAGCAGUUCGCUUUCUUGACCGGGUCACUUCCGGCAAAGACCACAUCGCUGCCGACCGAGUUCUACUCCAGGGCCCCAUGGAGCAAUACGAGCGCUGGGAGGAGGCCGAGAAAUUCUUCCUGCCGGAAUUCGAAGAGGAGCCCGAGGUAGUUGACGAGACAUACAAUGACGAGCCAGCGAUCGAAACUAGCGCCCGCGAUACUUUGACCAAGAACGAGUCGGAUGACCUGUCGCAGAUGCUCUUGUCCAAGCUGAACUUCAAGAAGGACCCGGAGACGGUGUCGAUCACCUCCGUCGGCACCCCCAGUGGACCUGGAUCGCGCACAUCCUCUCGCAGUUCCCGUACCAGCCCCGAGUGUGCCCAGCACGGGUCCGGCAAUGAAGCAACAAAGAAUGACAGGACCAAGAGCAAGUCCUCUAACCACCAGCGUACCAUCUCCGGAUCCGUCAUCCCGACCGCACCGCCCGCUCUGCGCCCAUUGCUGAGCGCUCUGCUCUGGCGGUUGCAUGCCGGCCCCGAUGCCGAGAAUUCAGCCAAGACCUGCAUUCUUAUCUCCAAUGACCGUGCGACCCAGGUGUGGGCUCAGAAGUUUGGCAUUGGUGUCAAGAACAUUCUGCAGCUACGCACCGCUAUCCAGUACGAGGAGCGCGAGUACAAAAACCGCUGCAAAUACGUCGAGAAAACUCAGGCCCAGCCCGCUGAACCGAAGACUCUGUUGUCCUACGAGGAAGAGAGCGACGAGGAUGAGCUAGUUUUCGUCCCCCGCGGUCGUGGAAAAGGAACUACUCGAGGUGCUUCGCGUGGUGGGGGUCAGCGCAAGGCUGCCCCUAAGGCUGCGCCACCUCCUGCUGAGCCUACACCUACCGUGGAAGUUCCUACCAAGCCCAUAGACCCCGACUCUUUCAGCCGGUCUCUGGGCGGCGCAACCAAGCCGACCACUAUAGACUUGAGUACCCAACAGGGUGUUGCGGGUGCCACCGGUGCUGCCCGUGGUAACGCUGGGGCCUCUCGCCGCUCAUCCAAUAGUCGCCGUGGUGGAUCUUCGCGCGGUGCACGAGGCAAUGGUCGUGGCCGGGGUAAGCUCUGGGUUCCUUGA